UAGUAAUCAAUUAGUAGCUCUUAUCAUUACUAUAAUGCCGCCUAUACAAAAAACUAUGUAGGGGUCGCGAUCUUUUUAUAUGAACCAAAAAAAUAUAUAAAAUGUCUAAUCCAAAUAAAAGUGAUAUAGCAUUAUAAGUAGAUAUAAGACAUUUACGCACAAUACAAUAUGUCGAACGACAAUGAUAUAAUACUUUCAUCAGCGACAUCUAUGUCGACAUUAACUAUCAAUGAAGUUUCAAAAGAUGGGUUUGGAUAUAAUCCAUCUGUUGGACCACAGUCAAAUAUCAUUACACCAGAAGCAUCAACCUUUUUACUUUCUAGUAAGAAAUCAAUCAUCACCAAUAAUCCUAAUUCCAUCUAUGAUAAGAAUAUUAUUAAUAAGAAGAAUUUAGAGAUAAGUCUAAGUUCUUUAGCAUUUCUCUUUUGUGAAAUGGUUAAUUGGUGCCAUAGUAAUUCUAAGGGGAUUCAAGACCUUGAAACUAGAUUAAAUGGAUUAGGAUAUCAAGUUGGACAAAGAUAUAUUGAAUUAAUUAAAUUAAGAGAAGGAUUUAAGACUAAUAAACGAGAGGUUAAGAUUGUUGAAAUACUUCAAUUCAUACAUGGAACGUUUUGGAAAGCUAUAUUUGGGAAAACUGCCAAUGAAUUAGAGAAGUCUCAAGAUGUUUUAAAUGAAUAUAUGAUUACUGAUAAUGUUCCAUUAAUGUCAAAAUUUAUUAGUAUACCGAAAGAAUAUGGUGAAUUAAAUUGUUCUGCAUUUAUGGCAGGUAUAAUUGAAGGUGCAUUAGAUUCUCUGGCUUUCUUUGCUAAUGUUACAGCUCAUUCUGUUCCUAUAACUGGUUAUCCAUUAAGAACAGUAUUUUUAAUUAAAUUCGAUGACCUGUUAUCUAUUAGAGAAAGUUUACGUAGUUAAUUCCUAUAUAGUAAUUCAAUCCAUAGCAUAGCAUCAUUUCGUACAUACAUUAUAACACCCCACUAGUAAAGAUGGAUCUUUUGUGUAAAUCUCACUGAGGUUGAAAAAAA